ACCAAAAACUUCAUAGCAGCAAUAUGGGAUCUCUCGUUCUCACUCAACCACUCGCUACCACCACUUCUCUAUGUCCCUUCCCCGCUCGUACCAAAACAACCCUCAACACCAAGCGUAGACAAAGCCAUAUAAUUAGAAGAUCGUCAAUCUCAUGCAAUAAUCAUGCCAGCAGCAACCAAAGCUUCGACGAGACAUCGUCGCAAUAUCGGCCUCAACUCGGAAAGGUAGAGAGGAGGAACGUUCUCAUCGGUCUCGGCAUGGCGGGGCUUGGAUCCAACCCUCUAGCCCUCGCCAAUCCGGUGAAUGGACCCGACACAAAUAUUUGUAACCAACCGAAGUUGCUGGACGGCACUCCCCUACCCGACAAAUGUUGUGCGCCAAAAUCAAGCUCAGAUAUCAUAGAUUACAAGCCGCCACCUUUUACAAAGUUGCGAGGUAGACCACCGGCUCACAAGGCUGACAAGGAGUACAUAGCCAAGUACAACGAAGCCCUGUGUAUGAUGAGGGGUUUGGAGGACACUGACCCACGGAGCUUCAAGCAACAGGCUGAUGUUCAUUGUGCCUACUGCAACUUUGGCUACGACCAGGAUGGCUAUCCUGGUGUUGAACUCCAAGUCCAUUUCAAUUGGCUCUUCUUUCCCUUCCACCGCUGGUACUUGUACUUCUACGAGAGGAUCUUAGGGAAGCUCAUCGGUGACCCGGAUUUCGCUAUUCCGUUUUGGAACUGGGACCAUCCUGACGGCAUGACAAUGCCGGCCAUGUUCACCUCCGAUCCAAACUCCGAUCUCUAUGAUGUAAACCGAAGCCCUAAGCAUCAGCCUCCCUAUGGGCUCGACCUCGAAUACGACAAAGCUAAUCUUUGUAAACCGCCAAAGCCUUAUAAGCAGCUGGUGGAGGAUAAUCUCGCCACGAUGUAUAGGCAAAUGGUGUCUUGUGCCACAAAACCAUGUCUAUUCUUCGGCGGCGAAUAUAAGGGCGGGGAAGCGCUUGUAAACCAAAUGGGCACGAUUGAAAGUACUCCCCACAAUAAUAUCCACGUUUGGAGUGGGAGCGAGAAAAAUCCGAAUGGUGAAGACAUGGGGAACUUCUACUCGGCGGGACGAGAUCCGAUGUUUUAUGCUCUCCACGGCAAUGUCGACCGGAUGUGGUGCAUUUGGAAAUCGUUACCGGGGAAAAAUAAUAGAGACAUCACCCACCCUGAUUGGCUUAACUCCACGUUUUUAUUCUACGAUGAGAAUGCGCAGCUCGUCCGAGUUAAGGUCAGAGACUGCCUCGACACUAGGAUGCUCGGAUAUGUCUACGAACAUGUCGACCUUCCGUGGUUGUACAACAAGCCAAGGGCAAAAUCUUCUUCCCUGUUAAGAAGGCAAACAAGAUCUGCGGAUCAGUCGCGCGGUGGCUUUACCCCGCUAACCGACUUCCCUAUAAAACUGACGAAGAAGACAACAGUGUUGGUGACGAGGCCGAAGAAGGGCAAGAGGAGCAAGGCGGAGAAGGAAAAGGAGGAGGAAGUGUUGGUGGUUGAGGGGAUCGACUUUGACAUGACUAAGGCAGUGAAGUUUGAUGUUUACAUAAACGACGAGGACGAGAGUGGGCCUGGCAAGUCAGAGUUUGCCGGAAGUUUUACCACCGUUCCGCACUUCUCCACAAACAAGAAGAAGAUGCCCAACGUAAAAUUGACGCUUGGAAUAACGGAGUUGCUCGAGGACGUGGGAGCUGAAGAUGAUGACAAUGUGUUCGUCACUUUGGUGCCCAAAUCUGGCAACGUCACCAUUGGUGGGAUUAAGAUCGUUUUCCUAUCUUGAAGGUUAAGAUAUUCAUCCUAGCAAUAUAUAUCUAGCUAGCUAUAUAUCUCGAAAGCAAAGCGUAUUGUGUGUUACGUUGUGCAUGCAUGUGUACUUGUUAUCUUGUAUUCAAUCCAUCAUUUAGUUGUACUGGUGGAUAAAUAAUUGUUUUGCGAAAUUAGUUACGCCGCAAGUUGUUGCUUGUUUGGGUAACGCUUUUCUCGGGUCUGCAUUUGUCGACUUUCUUUCUUUCUUUCUUUUUUUUUUUUUUUACGUGAGUCUGGCUUUAUAUCAGGUUUUGUCCUGUUUGAAGUUGUUAGUUCUAGUAUUCCCUUUACCUUCGGUAUCGUCAUGAUGUUGUGCUUGUUUUGUAAUAAUGAAUAAUAUCAGAAAUUGUGUACUUGAAAAUAAGAA